UCAACACACCUUUACCAGAAACGGAGACGGCAUUGUAAAAACGAGGUAAGAUAAGAAGAAGAGUGAGAAAAGGAGGAAGAAGAGAACAAGAAAAGUGUGAGAGGAAGAAGAUGGGGAAAGACGUAGGAGGAGAGAAGAAGAAGCGUGGAGACGGAGAAACAAUGGCCGUGAUGAGCCUCCAGCAGAAUCCAAUCCAGCAGUUUCAGGUCAAGUUCAAAGAGGCCGAGACUGGCUUCAAGUCGUGGCUGUCCAAGCAGAAGCUGCCGGUGGAAGCCGCCGUUGUUACCGCCAUGGGAGGCGUUCAGGGAGCGUUUAUCGGUGGGCUCAUGGGGACUCUCUCCCCUGAGAUGCCUCAGACGGGCGUGGACCCUCAGGCUAUGGCGUCUUUGCAGCAAACUCAGGCUCUAGUGGGUGGGCCCUUGGUCCAAGCUCGGAACUUUGCGGCUAUUACUGGUGUUAAUGCUGGUAUUGCUUGCGUUAUGAAGCGUAUUAGAGGCAAGGAGGAUCUUGAGUCUGCUGUGGUUGCGGCGUUUGGAUCUGGAGUCGCGUAUUCUCUGGUGAGCGCAGGGUUACAAGGACAGCCUAUGAAUGCAAUCACCACUGCUGCUGGUUUCUCUCUUUUUCAAGGAAUUUUCUUCAAGCUGGGGGAAAGGUUCUCUAAACCAAGCGUUGAAGAUCCGUACUAUACACGGGCGAGAUCUAUGCUGUUGAAACUGGGUCUUGAGAAGUAUGAGAAGAACUUCAAGAAGGGUUUGUUGGCAGAUCCCACUUUGCCUUUGCUCACUGAUAGUGCGCUAAAAGACGUGAGCAUCCCACCGGGACCAAGGCUACUGAUACUGGAUCACAUUCAGAGGGACCCUGAGCUGAAGGGUAAACGAGGAAGCCGUGGUUGAGACUUAAAGAAAGAGCCACUUUGUGUCUUGGGCAGAAUCUUUGUAUGGUUUCGUUAUUAAGUAUCUGAAGCACUAUUGGUUUCUUGUACGGUGUGGUAUCAUUAUUUAUAUUAUUAUUGGCUCAUGUUGCUAGCAAUAAACUUGUAAUGUCUUCUUAUGAACUAUGAUUACAGAUUACUUCGAUUACCAAUUUAUGAU